UGACCUUACUAGUUACCUUCCAAACAAAUAACAUGCUUCGGCUUAAUUGAGUUGAAUAAUUUACCAAUUUCUAAUUGUGUUUUCAUAAUAAUGGCUUGUAAUAAACUUUUUUCCUAUUCGAAAAUCUCUGUUGUGUAUAACAUAAGUCAUAAAUAUGUUAAGAAUAAUUCUCAACCUUUUUUUAAAUUAAUCAUCAAAAAGAAUCCAUCUUUUAAAGCACAUCAGUAUGUAGCAUGCUGCCAUUAUUCAACAAUCUUCAAUAAUCAAAGAUCAUCACAUAAAAAAUCAAAUCUAUCUGUCACUAUCAAAUAUACCAGUCCCCUAUCUUUUAUGUCUACAAACCUUGAUAACAGUCAAUAUCAUGUUGUUGUCACUAAUCCACAGUUGACUACUGGCAUGUCUUCAGAUAUCUCCCAAUUUAAUGGAGAAACUAGUUCAUCUGUUGUGAAUAAUUCUUCAGUGUCAACUGAUUUGUCAAAUGUUGCUGCAUCUAGUGACCUUCAGACUGCUACAGAAUUUAUCGAGCCAUCACUUAGCAGUUUAGGUCUUGCUCAUUGGACACCUGUAGGAUUAAUUCAAAUGCUUCUGGAAUAUUUACAUAUUUCAUGGGAGAUGCCAUGGUGGGCAGCAAUUGUUGCAAGUACUGUUGUGGCAAGAAUUCUUUUAUUGCCAAUUUUGAUAAAAACACAAAGGAAUGCCAUUAACAUGAGCAAUUACAUGCCUCAACUGCAGUAUCUUCAAGCUAAAUUUGGAGAGGCUCGUAAGUCAGGAAAUGCUAUGGAAGCAUCAAGAUAUGCUUUAGAGAUUUCUCAGUUUAUGAAAAAGCACAAUAUUAGUCCUGUGAAAAGUGCACUUUUACCUAUGGCACAGGCUCCUGUUUUUAUAUCCUUUUUUCUGGGUUUGAGAGCAAUGGCUAAAACUCCUGUAGAAAGUAUGCAGUGGGGAGGACUGAGUUGGACUACAGACCUGACUGUUCCAGACCCAUAUUACAUCUUGCCUAUAAUGUCUUGUACAACACUUUAUAUUGUUCUCAAGAUUGGUGCGGAAUCUGGAGUGAGAUUUGAAAACAUGAAGCUAACAAGAUACAUUUUGCAAGCCUUGCCAGUUAUUGCUCUCCCAUUUUGUAUCAAUUUCCCAGCUGCAGUGUUAUACUAUUGGGUAACUACAAAUUUUUGUACUUUGGCCAUUGUGGGUGUCCUGAAGAUCCAACCUGUUCGUGAUUUCUUCAACCUGCCUACACAAAGGCCAAUUGAUCCCAAAUUUAUUAUGCCUAAAAAAGGAUUUGUGGGUGGAGUCAAAGAAGCUUUUGAAGAUCAAAAGGUAUUGGCAUCCAUUGAAGACCGCAGAAGAAUGGAUGAGAUGCGAUUUCAAAAAGCAGGAACUGGUCCUAUACCCCGAACAUAUUCUUAUGACCCUACAAAGCCUCGACCAGCAAAUGCUGCAGUAUCUGCUAAACAGCAUAAAACAUGAAGCCAAUUGUAAAUAAAGUUGUUACAAUAUUAUAA